CAGCCCGGCUCCCCCAGGUACAGGAAGCACCUGGGUGGAGGCCUUCCUCAGCAGGGCCAGAGAUGGCGUCUGUGGACUUCAAGACCUACGUGGACCAGGCCUGCCGUGCCGCUGAGGAGUUCGUGAACGUGUACUACACCACCAUGGACAAGAGGCGGCGGCUGCUGUCCCGCCUGUACAUGGGCACGGCCACCUUGGUGUGGAACGGCAACGCCGUUUCGGGACAAGAAUCCUUGAGUGAGUUUUUUGAGAUGCUGCCUUCCAGUGAGUUCCAAAUCAACGUGGUAGACUGCCAGCCCGUUCACGAUGAAGCCACCCCGAGCCAGACCACGGUCCUUGUGGUGAUCUGUGGGACAGUGAAGUUUGAGGGCAACAAACAGCGGGACUUCAACCAGAACUUCAUCCUGACAGCCCAGGCCUCGCCCAGCAACACGGUGUGGAAGAUUGCCAGCGACUGCUUCCGGUUCCAGGACUGGGCCUGCUAGUGGCGUGGGGAGACACCCCCAGACUGAUCCCUGUGCUCCCUCGAGUCCCAGGGGCGCUUUUCUCGGCAUACACUUGUCAUAGCUGCCUUUUCAAAGUAGUAAAAUUCUCUAUUUUUCUACUUGCCCAGUAGAGACCCUGUCUCUGGAAAUUCUGACGAAU